AUGGAGAGCGAGGGGAAGCUGGUACAAUCACGAGUUUCCCUGAUCUUGGACCUCCCACCCAGCUGUGUGGAAUUUUGUCCUGCCUUCCCCUCCUACUUUUUGGUUGGGACAUACUCGCUUCAGGCAGAUAGUCCUGGGACGGAGAAUGAGGACAGCGGUAAACAACCGCAGAGUCGUAGUGGUAGCAUCGUUGUGUUCCAGCUCACGGAUGGAAAUUUAAACUGUAUUCAAACAGUGGCCCAGCCGUCGGCACUGCUAGACCUCCGGUUUAGCCCCCAUGAUGGCCAGCGCGACAUUUGUGCGGUUGUCUCCAGCACCGCCACUGUUGCUUUGUUCCAGGUAUUACCCGACCAAAGCCAAGCGUUAAAGCAUUUGCGAACAAUGGACAUUACCACGAUGUCUCAUGGUGAGAUUAGACCAGCGUCGGGAGAGGAGAUUCUGUUCACUUCCUUUGGCUGGCAUCCGUCACGGCAAGGGAUCAUGGCUGUUACCACAUCGACCGGGCAUGUUUAUCUCCUGCGGCUACUUACCUUUGACGGGCCCUGGGAGCUUGACCCAAACCCUGUCAUCGCACACUCGCUGGAGGCAUGGUGUACUGUGAUCUCUCAAGCGCCCACCGUGCCAACAAAGGAAGAAACAGAUGAGUUCUCCUUCAGAGUGUACUCCGGGGGCGACGACUCUAUGCUGCGCUCCCAGACAUCUGCUUGGGAUGGAGAAGGCUUCACCCAGCCUCUCCCGGCGUCCGAGUGGAGAGGGCAUGAUGCUGGGGUCACCGCCAUACUGCCACUUUUCAUGCAGGAGGAUGGCCAUGAGCUUGUGGUCACCGGUAGCUAUGAUGAGCACAUCCGGUUGUUACAAGUCCCACCGUUUGGGCGACCCAAGAAUCUCGCCGAGAGCAGACUCGGUGGCGGCGUCUGGAGGCUGAAUUUGAUUGAGUUGGACACCAGCCCCAACGAGAGUUACGUCUGGCGAGCGAGGAUACUGGCUUCUUGCAUGCACGCCGGCGCUCGGGUCGUGGAACUCGUGAAACUUCCCGGUAGCCAGGAAUGUGGCUUCAAUGUGCUAACUCGAUUUGAGGAACACAAGAGCAUGAAUUAUGGUAGUGAUUUUCACCGUGAUGGGGUAAAGGAAAAGCUGACGAUUGUAUCAACGAGCUUCUACGACAAGCUGUUAUGCUUGUGGGAAGCUGAGAUGUAG